AUGGGGCCUUACGCGUUCAUGAGGGCCCUCACGGAACGCACGCGGGUAGAGCCGUACAACAUAAUCGAGGUUCUCAGCCGCAUGAUCUACGGAUCAAACAUGAUCUCGGUCGCAGGCGGAAGUCUCCCAACAACCUACAGACUUUGUCGUGUAGUCUUUGAGGAAACGUCUCAGCCCCCAGAAGAGAUUACUCAGAACGAUUUAGAGUACGAAGAGAUCAGAAACCACUUGGAAUUCAGGUGCAUCCCCGUGUCGCAUGGACUUAUCUUGCGAUGUUACCGGGAAACACUGCAGCACGCCCAGACUGCAAAGUACCUGAUUCAAAAAAUCUUCAUUGAUAGAGAAGCCUUUUCUGAGGCCACCUUUAAGGAAGCCCACCGCAUUCUGACCUACAAGAUCGAUAUCAAUCAGCAAACGCCUUGGGAGCUCUACAGCGGAAAUUAUCGCACCUGGAGUGCGACGUACGACACGCGUUUCGUGGACCCGGUUCAUAUCACUACUGCAAUGCUCAGCAUGAUCGACAACCUCAUAGUGGAAAUGGGCUCCAGAGAAGUCCCAUAUGAUGGGAUCACCAUCCAGCAGCUCAGCAAGGAGGAAGUCUGGGAGAGGAUCUGUUAUGCCAGCAAAUUCUGCCAGCACUUCAUCAAUAUUCGCCCCUUUUUAGAUGGAAAUGGGCGGAUGUACCGUUUGCUCCUGACUACCCUCCUCCUCAGAGCUGGUAUAUGCCCUGCGGUUUAUGGACUUCAUAACAUGGAUCGAGAAAGUCAUUCGCGAGCUGAAGCCAGUUGCUACAGGCAUGACUUGCAAGGCCUGGGAGAGGUUGUCACUGAGACCCAUCAUGAACUGGCAUUAUUUAUUCUCAACCAUACGUAUGGUCAGUGGAAGAGCACGGACGCACAAAUGAUGAUAUUUCUACAAGCAACGCGUCGGGACGGUGCGAUGUUUCCUCAUUAA